ACUCAAAAUUCCCCGUAAUCCCCUCGAAAAUUAACCAUGGACUCAUUUCUAGUUCGUUCAUUCAAGAAACGUCACGGGCAGUUCCUGGAGCACCUGUUCGAGGCCUCCCAGUUAUUCCCCGGGAGCCUCUACUCGAUCCUGCCCACCGCUCUCUUUUUGACGUCCGUUUUCGCGAUUUUGUACUCGCAAUUCCAUCGGCCCACCGAUCGGUUCUCCAACUGGACCACUUGGACCUUGAAGGAGACCGUGUUUCAUUGGGCCUACUUUUACGCCACAAGGAUCUGGUUUAUAAUCCUGAAAGUGUUUAAGUGGGGCAUAGACUUUUCUGAUCGCGCUAUUGAGAAAAGCGUAUACGGAAGCGAGGCUUAUUACAACAAAGUGGUGACCCAUUUCUGCCUCUUCUUGAUCGUCCUGACCGUCUCCCUGGUGCCCUGUGUCUUUUAUUACCUGCAGCACUUCAACCAAAGGGAAAUCCCCAACUUCCUGAUGUGGGUGGCAGAGGAUCCGUGGCUCCGGAGCGAAAUCGGUACGGCGGGGCACUACCUCACUCGCCCCCCGAUGCCCCACAUCUACAACCCUUACAAGCUUAAGGCCAGUUUUCGAUCAGGACGCAGCUCGAGUGUGGACAGCAACGUGUACUUCGACAAACCGUCGGUGAUGCGUCUCAGACCGGUGAAAUCCGCCAUCAGCAUGAAAACUUUCAUUGAAAACAACGCGGGAAGUUGAGGAAAUUUAUUAAAAAGUGAUUGUCCAGUAGAAAA